AUGGUUCUCAAAGCGACGCCAGCGCUACUGCCAUGGCAUCGUCACCAAGCGCCCGCUACUCGUGGUCGAGGGCGGCCACGAAAUCAAGACGUUGAUACGGUAGCUGCGUCCUGGAAUGACGAAGACGUGAAUGUGCUCUUCAAACUCAGGUACAAAACGAUGGCCGCGCUGUUUGAAGACGCAAAGACCAAAAACAAAAUCAACGAAGCCUGGUCGCUAGUAGCGAGUCAGUUGUGCGUCAUCAGGGUGAAGGUGUUCACGACGACGCAGUGCCGAGCUAAGAUGCGGAACAUGAAGACGCGCUGGACGGCGACUCGCCGAGCUGCAACAGAGACUGGAAAUCGGCCUGUACCUCGCGAUCCCAAGCACAUGAACGUGAUAACUGAGUACUGGGGCGACUUAGCUGGCAUGGGAAACGUGUCACUGCUCAGCACGGAUGAGCCUGACAUCACGGCUUCGCAGGGGUUGAUGCAGGAGGAUGACGGGCACGUCAAAAUCAACCCCAAAGCAAUCAAAAUGUUGUGCAAAACUAUAGAGGUGGCUAUAAUGUCGACAGAUCUACCCACAUCGUCAACGUCAGUGCACAUCUUCAAUACACGGAAGCGUUCCUUUGCCACCCCGAAAGCGCGCUCCACCACCAUUCGAGUACUGGAAUGA